AUGGCGGAAGCCUUGGAUGACCUGGAUGACUUCGAUGACGAACUGGAAGAACUCUCGUGGUCAUGGCGCUAUGUCUCUCUGUGUUUGUUGAUUCCAACCUUGAAUGGCUUCAUUAACGGCUACUGCUGGGCUGGAUUGUCGCUGCAUUAUCGAGAGAUGGGCUGGUCCAUUGCAAGGGUCGGGACAGCAUCUACUUUUGGCUUUAUCGGAAGGAUUGUUUGUCAGAAGAUUCAGGUGCGAUAUGGAUUUUGGGUCAUGAUUCCACUUGGCCUAAUCCACCUGAUCCUCACAAUGACUGGAGUCAUCUUCUUUGACCAGGAAUGGGCUGUGAUCCUGGAGGUUGCGGCACUGCAGAGCUUGGACGGCGCCAUCACCAAUGAAGGCCUGGCCUUCGACGCUUUCGGCCGAACGGAGGACCUGGCGCGGCAGGCGGCCGCCACCGUGCUGGCGAUGUUCACCAUCAGUGGGGCCCUGUCGGUUCCUAUUGCCGGAGCGCUGUAUGACAAUGUGGGUGGCUGGCAAAGCAUGUCCGUGGCUCAUUUGGUGUGUCAGGGGCUCUUGUUCGUCCUCUUCACCACUGAGCCUGGCGUAAGAGAGUCCUUGCAAGGCUUCUUCUUCAAGGAGAAAUCAACGGCAGACGAUGACAAGGAAGAUCCGGUUCUGAUCAACGUGGUGCCCGUGGCAUCAUCUGCCAAGCAGGUUCCGAAUACAGAGGACAUGCUCUUGGAAGAUUUGGAAAAUCUGCCAGGGCAAGUGCCCACUUCCAAGAAGUCUGCGCAGCAGAGUCCUCCUCGCUCAGUGGAGCCUGAGACCGUUUCACACAGCGAUCCUCCGACGCAGCUGCAAGUUGAAAAAGGACGAACGCGCGCAGAUUCCGACAACUCCGCAAACAGCGACAAGAGCGGUCAAUCCAAAGGUGAACUUCAACGCCCGGACCGAUCUAGUUUCAGGAGCGGCGGCACCAAUCCAGGUCGACUUCAACGCGCGGACAGACGUAGUCUCAGGAGCGGCGUCACCAAUGCAACAGGUGCGACGCUGAGGACAGCGCACACAGCGCGAACCGCGCGCACGGCGCAGAGCAGCAAAACGCUCCUCAGUCGCAUCACGAACUUGAAGGACUCCGACAACUUUCAAUACCACCCGGCAGCCAUGGGCGCGCUGGAACCUCGAGUAGCGCGAAGAUCUGGGCUGUCGAGUGGUACCCAUCAGACAGAAGUAGAGGAAGCAAAGAGCAUACCGAAAGAUACCAUUCUUCCAGCUUUGAUGAUAAGCCUUUGCUGCUUUAACAACACGGUUUGCUACAUCAUUGAGCUUGGGACAUUUGUCCUUUUUUUCAAGGAGUACCACAGAUGGAACUCUGCGAUGGGUAUCGGUUUGGCUCAAUCGGCCGGAGAUUUGUCGGCGGCUUUUGUGAUGAAACUCCUUCCAAGUGGUUCCAGUGAUGGCACAUCAGAAGUGGGAUUCUGUCGCCGCAUUUUCAUGCAGCCCUACAAUCUCUCUUGGUUGGUGAUGUUUUGGGUAUUCUGCAAUUUGGGGAUGGCAAGCCCUUGGCUGGCAGCAGCGGUUACAGCGCAAGUGCUGAUGGGCUCCCUCUUUGUUUACAAUGCGAAAUUCACCACCGACUUAAACCUUUUCUACUCCUUGGGCGACAACGGAGUUUUCCUUACGAUGCAGGUCUGGUGCAAGACUGCACAUGCCAUCGGGGCUUGUGGCUCCAGCUUUUUGGGUCCUUUGAUCUAUUCCGAGGUGUCGCCUGUGGCUCCCUUCCUGGUGGCCACGGGUGUCUCCGCUACGACCUUCGUGGCCUUCAGCGCCUUCUUCGCCUUCUGCGUGGGGCUGCUGGACAUGGAAAGCGCCGAGGAACAGCGCGCGCGGCGCAAGGGGAAGAAGCGCAUCUCUACGUGGGAACGUCUCCCGUGCUCGUGGCGCUAUGUCAAUCUGUGUUUGUUGGUUCCAAUGUUGAAUGGCUUCAUCAACGGCUACUGCUGGGCUGGAUUGGCGCUGCAUUAUCGAGACAUGGGCUGGCCCAUUGCAAGGGAAUCUUGGCGACUUCUUCGUUCGCAUCAUGGGAAGAUCAUGGGAAGCUCAUAUGUUCAGAAGAUCUUUUUCAGAGAUUUUUGUUGCGUUGAUCUCGGCAUCUUGGAGUGGGGCGACUCGGUUCAUGCACACAGGUCGUCGGCGAAGAGGAUUCGCGAAUCUUUUUGGGAAGCAGUUGAUUCUCGAGAAGCUGAGCAGGACACUCCAUCGCCGAAUCUCCCGGAUCUCGAGGAGGAAGAUCUUAGCGAACCUGUUGUGACACUUCAGCCCAAGGCGAAAGCUUUGAGGUUUCCUGCAGCAACUGCAAAUGCAGCAGCGACACUAGAUCCAGCUUUAUUGGCCUUCGGCUUAGAUUUUGUGUUGUUGGCUGAGACUCAUUCCUCUCUCCUUGUCAAGGCGGAACUUUUUGCAAAUCCUGCCCAACAGGAUGUGACCCUGAACUUGGUUCCCUUGACAGACACUGAGUUCUUGCAACGCCUGGAAGUCAACCCCAAAUCUGAUGGAGCGGGCAUCAACAAAGGUUUGACCUUGUGGCACCCUUUGACCCUGACCUGGACUGGCUGGAUUUUGGAUUCUACCCUUCCUAGUCACGGCUACUUCAUUCUCAUCCAAUUCAAACCUCCCAGCUUCCAAAACCCGACAAGAUUUCUGCCACACCACGUGUCACAGCCCUUGAUGGCUCGCUUGGAAUUUAAGGAAUACUCUCCCCUGCGACUGCUACUGAAGUUGCCUAAGUUGCCCUGUUUGAAGGCUCACUCCAUUCCGCAUACCAAGUUCCCCCUGAAGAUGGUGCAGUUGCUGCUUCCACAACCUCCCCAGAAGAUGGAACAUGCACUGGACUCUCAGGGCACUUCACGCCUGCUGCUCACCACCCGUAGCUUCAAAAGCUCCACUUGGAACCUCAUUGUCUUCAGGUUUGGAAAACAUGAUCCUGCAGCAGUCAGCGAAGCCCAAAAGGAAGCCCAAGGCCUUGUCGAUGCAGGAACUUGGGACUACAAGAAUGUGAUCCCUAGGCAAACAGCAUGCAGCCGUUCCACGACUGAAGCUGAAGCCAUUGCAUUGGCCACUGCUCUGUUUGGCGGUGCAAUCCCCGCGCAAGAGUCCCUAUCUGAACUGCUAGGUGUCCCGUGUGACUGUUCCUUAUCGAAGUUGGAGUAUGAGAUCAGUUCUCACAAAGAAGUUGGUACUGUCUACCGCGUGUGGGGAGAGAAGCGGCCACGAAAAGCGGCCUCAGAGGAUACCUUCGUGCCUUUCUAUGGGGUUUCACGCGAAUGGGCCGUGAUUUCGGAGGUGGCCGCCUUACAGAGCCUGGAUGGGGCCAUUAGCUUUGAAGGCAUGACCUUCGACGCCUUCGGCCGAACGGAGGACCUGGCGCGGCAGGCGGCCACCACCAUGCUGUCGACGUUCAUCAUCAGUGGGGCCCUGCUAUUCGUUCAGUCUCACGCGCGCGUGAUUUGCAAAGAGGAAUCCGCGCAGACCGAUACCCAAAACGAUGCCGGCAGCGCGAAGGAGGACCAGUUGAGAGACAAACGACAAGCCAUCAAACUCAGGUUCCAAUUGCAGGGGCGCUCUAUGAAUCUGGGUGGCUGGCAAAGCAUGUCGGUGGCCCAUUUGGCUUGUCAGGGGCUCUUAUUCAUCCUCGUCAUGACAGAACCUUCAUUGAGAAUGUCUUUGCGAGAAUUCUUCUCCAAGGACUCCCUGUUGAACAGAAGGUCCCUGAAACAUGCUACGACUUCUGUCCCGGCCCAUGGCAUUGCUUUCGGGCUCCAGGAGAGAUCAGCGGCGUCCCCGGACAUUCUUGUCAACGUGGUGCCGUCAUCUCCUGCCACCAAAGCAGGUUCGCACCCAGAGGAGGACAUGCGAUUGGAAGAUUUGGAGAAUCUGCCAGGGCAAGUGCUCACUUCCCAGACGUCUUCGAAUCAGAAUCCGAGUCGCCCAUCUGUGAGAUUCUCCAUUGUGGAGCCUGAGAGCGCUCCCAGCGAUCUUCCGGUGCAGCCGGAAAUUGAAAACCGAACGCGCGCAGAUUCCGACCACUCCGCACACAAGAGCUAUCAAGCCAAAGACGGGAAGACCGUACGAAGCAGCCACAAGAGCGAUCAAUCAGAAGGUGAACUUCAACGCCCGGACCGAUCUAGUUUCAGGAGCGGCGGCACCAAUCCAACAGGGCAAGUGCUCACUUCUUGUGAGGAGAAGCGAACUCCUGCGUUGUUAUCGGUUGACCUCGUGAGCGGCCGCCAUUCUGGAGCGUCGUCGGGACGAGUCUAUCAUACCGGCCGCAGUUCUAGAACGUCGUCGUCGGGACGAGUCUAUAAUACCGGUGAGUCGCUGAGGACAGGCAUGAGUUUGCUGGAAACGCGAGUAGCGCGGCGAAGAUCUGGGCUGUCGCAUCAGACAGCGGAGGAAGCAGAAGCAAAGAGCAUACCGAAAGAUACCAUUCUUCCAGUUUUGAUGAUAAGCCUUUGCUGCUUUAACAACACGGUUUGCAACAUCAUGGAGGUUGGGAUAUUUGCCCUUUUCUUCGAGGAGUACCACGGAUGGAACUCUGCGAUGGCUAUCGGUUUGGCUCAAUCGGCCGGAGAUUUGUCGGCGGCUCUUCUGCUGAGAGUCCUUCCAAGUGGUACCAAUGAUGGCACAUCAGAAGUGGGAUUCUGUCGCCGCAUUUUCAUGCAGCCCUACAAUCUCUCCUGGUUGGUGCUGUUUUGGGCACUCUGCAAUUUGGCGAUGGCAAGCCCCUGGCUGGUGGCAGCGGUUACAGCGCAAGUGCUGAUGGGUUCCCUCUUCGUUUACAGUUUGAAAUUCACCACCGACUUAAGCCUUUUCUACUCCUUGGGCGACAACGGAGUUCUCCUUACGAUGCAGGUCUGGUGCAAGACUGCCCACAACGCUGGGGCUUGUUUCUCCAGCGUUGUGGGCCCUUUGAUCUAUUCCGAGGUGUCGCCUGUGGCUCCCUUCCUGGUGGCCGGCAGCGUCUCCGCUACGACCUUGGUGGUCUUCAGCGCCUUCUUCGCCUACCGCGUGGGGCUGCUGAACAUGGAAAGCGCCGAGGAACAACGCGCGCGGCACAAGGGGAUCAAGCGUUCUCGACGAGUUGCUGGUCGAGUGGUAGAAGUCACUUCAGAAACUGUGGUGUUGAGUGGCCAGCCUGGUGAUUUUGAGGGUGUCCCCAAUGCUCAUACUGUUCCCAGCCAGACCGGAAGUGAUAGCCUUAGCUUUUUGAGUGUUCCAGCUGGGGUUGUCACUGCUCAGCUUCCUAGUGGGUGGAAGAAGCCACUUGAUUUGCCAAGUGCCGCGGCAUGCAGCGGGAUGUGGGAGAGCCUCGGAGGAGUCGAGGAGGAGGAAGAUGCCAGCAGCGACGGGUCGGAGGCGGAGGUGAUCAGAGGUUGUGGGCAAAGCAAAGGGUUUCUUCGACCCGGAGGAAACUCCGGCGCCUCGUCUGUGCAUGCCUACAUGCGUUCCGGAGGUGAGUGCAUGUACAGUGGCGAGUCAGCGCGUGUGUUGUGUCGAGUCAAAGGAAUCACCCGCAAUAUGUCAUUUUGUUUUCCCCCACAAUGGGCCAUUUCGAGACGUGCCCGAAAUCGCUUGAUGCAUGCGAGAAAUGGAAACACUUAUAGCCAAUUUGCAGCCUCCUCCUCCAAAGGGAGAGGAAAGACCAAGACCAAAGGACAACAAACUCAAGCAGAUGCCAUUCUCUCACCGGAAAUUCAAGAAGAGAUGUUUCGCAAUGCCAUCAAAGACGCUAUGCCAGAAGCAGCAAAGCGCAGACUGGAGCCACGGGUAGUCCCUGCAGAGUGGAAGUCGCCUGUGUUGCAUCAUUCUGAAAUGACCAGUGCGGGAGGAAUUUGCAGUGCACCAAAACAAUGCAUUCCUGAUUUGCUUCGGCAAAUUGGGUACACCCAAGCUCCGACUGCCAUGUUGUGCACGCAGCACCCGCAAGAAUUGGGACUACAUGGCUAUCCUGUGCAGGAGCUGACAUGCACCUUUCAAGUGAGAGAAGAUGAUGGAACCGAAAAAAGCAUCUUCGUUGACGACAUCUUGUUCAACUCGGCUUUGGCAAACCUGUCACACAAAAUGCAACAGCUACCAAACCCGUCCGUGAUUGAGCCGGGCCUUUCUUGA